CUGUUUCUAAAAAAAAAAGGUUGAGUGAAUUCUGUGAGUGGCUCCGCCACAGUGUCCCGCCCACCACCGUCGGAUCAAUCCCACCGUCGUCAUGCCAUGCGACGCUUUGCUUUGCUUUGCUGAAGAUAAAAAGACCACAAUCAUCACUUCCAAAAGCCCCUUCCCUCCCGCACUUUCCAAUACCUUACUUUCCAGUGACCUUGCUUGCUUGCUUCACCCUUUUUCCCUCUCUGCCACUCUUCCUCUCAUUUCCACCUGAUCAUCAGCUGCGCUAUGAAAGUCCCUGUUCCUGCUUCCUCCAUCAAUUCCGAACCCAACCCACCUCGCAACCAUCAUCACAACAACAACAACAACAACAAUCUCCCCAGCCUCGCUCCUGCUCUGUGCUACGAGCCCACCUCUGUUCUUGAACUGGGUCGGACCACCAGCCCCGCUGUUGGCAAGCUCGUCUCUGCCCCUGACCCGCUCGAGUGGGAUGAUCACGUUCUGGAGAAUUUCAAUUGGGAUUCCAUUAUGAGGGAAUUGGAUUUCCACGAAGAUCAUGGCAGUAAUAACAACAAUUCCGGCCACACCAAUAAGACCACACUUUCCAGUCUUGCCCAAUUCGCUUCCGCCGACUCCCAUCUCCAGAGCCAGAGUUUGGGAUCCACAGCAGCAGGGGAUCAUCAUCAGAUUUUCGGGUCGGCUCUCCCGGGUAUAGACCCGACCCUGUUCGUCCAUCACUCCGAAUACGGCGACGUUUUCCUCAACAACCACGAUUUCAGCUCCCUCGACCUCUCCCACAGCUUCCACAACAACCUGAAUUCCCCCAAUUCGGCCGCCGUCGGCGGCUUCGAUUCCGUCCAGGACUUAAUUCGGGCGGCGGACUGCUUCGAUUCGAACCAAUUCCACCUGGCGCACGCGAUACUGGAGCGGCUCAAUCAGAAACUGCCGUCGCCGGCGGCGGCAGGAGGAGGAGGAGGGAAGCCGCUUCAUCGGGCGGCGUUCUUCUUCAAGGAAGCCCUGCAGUCUCUGCUCACGGUCUCGACCCGCCCUCCGGCCUACCUUUCCUCGUGGUCCGAAAUCGUGGAAACGAUUAGGGCGUACAGGGCUUUCUCCGGGAUAUCUCCGAUCCCAAUGUUUGCCCACUUCACCGCCAAUCAAGCGCUGCUCGAUGCGCUCGACGGGCCGUCGUCGCCGUUCAUUCACGUCGUGGACUUCGACAUCGGGCUCGGCUGCCAGUACUCCUCGUUCAUGCGGGAGCUGGCGGAGCGGGGCUCCGUCUGCAAAUUCGGGGCCCCGAUCCUCCGCGUGACGGCGGUGGUGACGGAGGAGUACGCGAUCGAGACGAAGCUGAUCAGAGAAAGCCUGACGCAGUUCGCCCACGAGCUGAAGCUGCGGUUCCAGAUCGAGUUCGUGCUUCUCCGGACCUUCGAAGCGCUGUCGUUUAAGUCGAUCCGGUUCGUGGACGGAGAGAAGACGGCCGUCCUCCUCUCCCCUGCGAUUUUCCGCCGUUUGAGCCUGACGGGCGGCCCGACGGCGUUUGUUUCGGAUCUUCGGCGGGUGGGGCCGAGUGUCGUCGUUUUCGUUGACUGGGAAGGGUGGGGGGAUUCCUCCGGGACGGCGUCGUUUAGGAGGAAUUUCGUCAACAGUCUGGAGUUCUAUUCGAUUAUGUUCGAGUCCUUGGAAGGCGGCGGGGCGGUGGCGAUCGGAGGCGGGGAUUGGGCGAGGAAGAUCGAGAUGCUUCUGAUGAGACCGAGGAUUUUGGCGGCGGUGGAAGGGUGCGGACGCGGGGCGGCGCCGCCUUGGAAGGAGGUCUUCGCCGGGGCGGGUAUGUGGCCGAUUGGGUGGAGCCAGUUCGCGGAUUUUCAGGCUGAGACGCUGUUGGGGAAAGUUCAAGCGAGGGGAUUCUACGUGGCCAAACGGCAGGCUGAGCUGGUGCUCUGCUGGCACGAGCGGCCACUCAUCGCCACGUCAGCAUGGAGGUGUUAGACUAAAUUGGCAAACAAUUUAGAGCAAUUAUUAAUUAUUUAUUAUGGUGGACUGCUAAUUAGUAAUUAAUGAUUAGGGGCGGGGUUUUCUCCUUUUUCAAUUUUCCCUUUUUGUUUUGGUUUCAUGGGGACGGCGGUUAGGAAUGGUUUUUAGGGAUUUAAUAAGUUAUCCCGAAAGCUUAAUUCCGUGGUUCCUCUCUCUUUGUUUUGUACAAUUAAUACUAAAAUACAAAAAAAAAGAAAAAGAUUUGAGCCGGUUCUAUAUAAUUAAUAUAUCGAUCACUUAUGAGUCUACUUCGAGAUCAAUUUUGAUGUUGCAGUUUGCCUUCAUCUCGGUGUUUCUUCGAUCUUCGUUUCAGAAAAAAAGAGCUAGAGUGUAAAUUCGGUUUUGAUUUAGUGUUUAAUCGUAACACUUCAAAACUGUGCGGGUUGCUACUAAUCACAAAUCAAAUAAACAUCUCUUAUUCGG